CAACCAGCUAAAGGCACGGGAUGGCGCGUGACGUCCCAACCGCAUAAAGAAGAACAACCGUCGACGUUUUGCGACUGCCGCACCACUGCUCUUUUUUCUGCUGCUAUUGCUUCGUCUAGCUUCGAGCCAGGAGGAAGCAGCCACGACGAUGUCAUCGGCACGUGGCAGCGUUGCGGCGGCGGCCAGGAGUCAAGGCGACGUCGCCCUCAAGGGCGUCUUCAAGAAGACCGACACGACCAUCACCACCACCAGCGUCGGCGGGAAGGACGAGUCCUCCUCGUCGUCUUCCGAAGCCACCGUCGCCGCCGCCGGGUCGCCGUCCUGGCUGCAGUCGGCCGAGUUUCGCUACAAGCCCCGGUUGCGACGCUACGUGAGGGGCGCCCUGCUUCUCACUUCGACGGCGCUGCUCGUGUGCCUCGCCAUACCCGCGGGAAUUCGGUACGUCGUUGGCUGCCAGUCACCGGCGUGCGAGAACUGGAUCGAGGAGAUGAGCUACUCCAUCGACGACACCAAGAAGCCGUGCGACAACUUUUACGACUUCGUGUGCGGACACUACGAUGCCGCCUCGCAUUCCCUCUUUCCCAACGCCUUCUUGCGCCUCCAAGUCCGCAUCAUCCUGUCCUUCUACAAGAGGAUCAUGCUUCAAGACCUGGACACGAUGCGCGAGGACGAAGGCGAGGACAGCCCGCGUUUCAAGGCCGUGUACAUGACGCAACGAUGUCUCUUCGAGGCGUGGAACGGCGUGGACAAUCUCGACAUGCUCAAGGAGUUCCUGGCCAGCUACAACCUGUCGUGGCCUCCCGACAAGCAGCGGUUGCCCGCGUCUCUCCUGGACACGCUGGUAGAGCUGAGCCUGAAGAGAGACGUGCACGUGUUCUUCCAGUUGCAGCCGGACAAGGACUUCAGCAGGCCCGGAUUCUACCUGCUCCAUUGGGACAUUAAUCUCCAAGCUAUCGUCGUUUGGUUUCUUCUGCGAGAAGUUCUGAUAGAACAUGAAUUACUGGAGAAGGCGUUCGUGGAAUCUGCGUCUGUGCUCACGGGCGGGGUACCGCAUCCGCAGCUGAUCGCGCGCGUGAUCGAGCUCGACAGCCGCUUCCUCACGGUCAGCGUGAUGCCGCUGCUGGCACUGAGAACCAAAGCGACCCUCGAGUAUGUCAAGUUCUCGGAGGCGCACUCGUUCACGGGGCAGGCGGGCAGCUCCGUCCGUUUGUUGCACGCCGUGAAUCGCUUGCUGCCCGCGGACCGACAGCUAACCGCCGACGACCAGAUGAUCGUCAGGAACAAGUUCAUGCUGCCAUUUGUCGGCGACCUUCUGCUCGGCGAGUACUCCGGCUCGGAGACGGUGUCCGGCUACGUCGCCUUCCUUGUCGCUCUCCAGCUGGCGCCGGCCAUGUCCGGCAGCUACUUGGCGGCGCUCCUCCCAGGGGCCACCACCAAAGUCCGCCUAAUGGCGUGCCUGCUCGUUCCCAACCAGGAACUCUCGUACGCCAUGGCGGACCUCUUCGUGGAGUGGUACGUCGAGGACGGCAAGCUGGCCGCCAUUCGCGCCAUGUCCGCGUCCCUCUGGAACGCCACGGAGGCCAUCAUCGCCAACCUUUCCUGGAUCGACGAGUCCACGCGCGAGCGGGGCCUCGGGCACAUCCGGCGUCUGGGGCGCGUCGUCGGCCACCCGUUCGACUUGUCCGCCUCGAAGGAGCAGCUGCGCGCGCACUACGCCUUCCUGCCCAGGCUUCCGGCCAGCCACGCCGCCAUGUUCACGGCGGUGCACGACGCCCAGGCGACGCGGCGUCUGGCGCGGCUCAAGGCGCCCGACCCCGAGUUCAGAGGCGAGGACCCCGAGCAGCCGAUGAUCCUGGUGAACGCGUUCUACCUACCCGUGUACCACUGGGUCUUCAUCAUGGACGGCAUCAUGUUCGCCCCGUUCUAUGCGCUCGCGAUGCCCGAGUCGGUCAACUACGGUGCCUUGGGUCACGUGGUGGGUCACGAGGUCACGCAUGGUUUCGAUCCCGUGCUCGGUGUCUUCAACGCGUCCGGCCUGAAGGACGACUGGUGGAGUCCCGAAUCGAGGAAGCUGUUCGACCAGCGCAUCCAGUGUCUGCGCGACCUCUACAAUGCGGUACCGUGGACGAAUGGCAUUAGGUACGGCGACACUGCGCUCUCCGAGAAUUUCGCCGACUGCGGCGGCAUGGCGAAGGUGCUGCGCGCCUUGCGGGACCUCGGUCCGCAGCCCGACGUUACGCUGGGCGGGCGCCGCUUCACCGCUCUGCAGGCGCUCUUCGUGAGCAGCUGCUUCAAGUGGUGCGCCAAGAGCGUUCCCAAGCGGAAGGCGAAAGACGACGACGAGGACAAAAACGCGGAGUGGGUGCGCCUGUACUCGCCCCUGAACAUGCGCUGCAACGUACCCCUGAUGAACACGCCGGCGUUUGCCGACGCCUUCAGCUGCGCGCCGGGCACAGUGAUGAACUCGAAGGUGCGCUGCGACCUCUUCUGACCGCGCUCUCGUCUCGUCGCCGUCCUCGUGCGUAGCAGGCGCAUUACGGUUGCGUCGCGGACAUCGCCACACUGACACCUACCGUAGCGUUUAGAUUUGCCGUUCUUUCUUUUUUAAACUUAUUUUCGUUUAGCUUAUAUUGUACUCAUAUUCGGCUAUGUGUGUGCGUGAUAAUGAUGCCAGCACGUGCAAUUAUGGUACUGAUGUCUCGAAACCUUUUUUGUUGUUAUGCGACUGCUACUCGUCUAGCCACAACUGAAAAAAAAAAUUGCGUGAAUUUAUUCAUCACCAGCAUGCAGCAUCAGCAGCCUAUUUUUGUGUCUACCGCAGGACGAAGGCCUCUCCCAGCGAUCUCCAAUUGCUCCUGUCUUACGCUAGUAAAUUCCAACCUCGCGCCUGCGAAUUUCCUAAUAUCAUCACCCCACCUAAUUUUAUGGAUAUGCGCCAUUGCAUAUGAAUCAGCACCAUCAAUAUCUACACGUGAACGUGCUUCAUAGGCCGGUCCGUGGACCUUGCGCCAUAAAACCCCGCAUAUCAUCAUCAUCAUAGGCCGGUUCCUCGUUGUCGGUAUGUGCCAUGGAAUGAAAUUAUAAUCAUCAUCAGCACGCGGCGAUCACCUCAAAGAGCUGUACUUGGUCAUCGUCAAUCCCUAUUGUGGGUAUGUGCCCACGGUAUGGUAAAUCA